GUUUCAAAUUUCAAUUAAUGCAAGUCGUCUCAAAUUAAAUAUGGAUUUUACAAUAUUCAUCUUACCGUUGGUUUUCAACUUCCUUGAUGAAAUGUAAUUAAAACACAUCUCUUAUAGUUUCUUUUUAAAUUUGUUUUAUAAUCGUUAGCAACUUUAUGUUCCUAUAAGUGGGUAGAAACGAUCUAAAGCAACCUUCACAAACUAGAGGCAAACAUGGAAACCACAUUCUCCAAAUCAAUGAUCGCCGGAGAACAGAGCGUCAUGCCGGUGGAAGUCACGCAACACCGUGAAGUCCGCCCCAUAUCCGUAGGAGAUCCCGUCGGAGCUGGAAUAUUCCGGCGAACACUAAACAUAGUCACGUAUUACAAGGACGCAGGUGAUAGUGGUGAGAGAGGGUGGUUAGUCGCCGGGUGGAUAAAGGAGUCGUUAGGGAGAGCCUUGACGGAGCAGCCGAUGCUUUGUGGCAGACUGCGGCGGAGGAGGACGACGAAGGGAGAGGAAGAUGGUUUGGAGGUGGUGGCCAACGACAGUGGCGUUAGGAUGGUUGAGGCGAUAUUUCCGGCGAGUUUGCCGGAAUUUUUUGAAAUGGUGAAGAGAGACAAGAGCAGAGCUGAAGCAGAGACUGUCUUCUGGAGAGACAUUGAUGAAGUUGAUCCUCAGUUCUCUCCACUGUUCUAUGUUCAGGUGACUAAUUUUGAGAGUGGUGGAUACUCAAUUGGGGUAAGCUGCAGCAUCCUAAUAGCUGAUCUCCUCCUUGAGACAGAUUUUUUAACCAAAUGGGCUAAAAUCCAAAGCUCUUUAUCUCAUUCCAAGACCACACUCAAACCAAUCUUCUACCUCCCACCAGCCAAAAGAAACAACUUCCUUAAUGAACUUCAUAGGUCAGCCUCCGUUCUCGACCGCAGUGAACCCCUUGUUUCUCGAGACAAAACAUGCUUGAAAAUGUCACCAGGCUGCAUGAAAAGUGCCGUUCCAAACGGCCAAACAGCUAGUGCUGAUGUAUUCUUGUUCAACAAGGAACAAGUUGGUGACGAAAACAGUACUACUGAACGUGAUGGUGUUAAGGUAGAGAUUCACACGAGACACCAAAUGAUUAGCGAUUGCGACUGUGGUGGAGAUUUGGAGGAAACAGAUGUUGGAGUAGUACUUGAUGUGAGGUUAGGGUUUGAGGACAAACUUGAAGGCAAUUCAUGUUGGGUUGGGUCUAUCUCAGAAGGUGUUGUGUUUGUCGUCCCAUCUACUUUCGGAGAUACCAAGUAUAUUGUUGCAUUGCCAACAAAAGUCACUCAUUAAUAUCAGAGGCAUUACACUUUGUUUUUUAAUGUAUGGUUUUAAAAAUGAAAUAAUUGUUGUUUAUUUUAAAGCAAGUCGAAGAUGCCACUAUUAUAAUAAGGUUUUGAGUAUUGAUUUUGUGGUAUCUUGUAAAUGAUA